CAAUUAAUCUCAAGAGGAACUUCUUUUCAGCUAAAUCACCAAUCCGUGCAGGAAAUAUGGAUAAACUGAUCAUGUCGCAUUAUCCGAAUUUUGUGGAGGAAAUGAAAAAUUUAGUCAAGAAUUUCGAUCAAUUUGGUGCAGGAAAACACAUUGAGAAGGUUCUAAACUACAAUGCAUCUGGUGGUAAGAAAAAUCGUGCAAGAAUGGUUGUAGCAGCAUUUGAGGAGAUUGCCCCAGAUCAUAGGCUAACGGAGGAGAAUUUUCUCCUUUCAAUCUACUUAGGAUGGUGCCUUGAAGUGUACCAUGCAACUGUUUUAAUGUUGGAUGAUAUAAUGGAUGGGAGUAAGACACGAAGAGGACAAGCAUGCUGGUAUUUACAUCCUGAUGUCCGGUUUAGGGCCAUCAAUGACGCCGUGAUCCUCGAUGCAGCAAUUUACAAUUUUCUGCAUAAACACUUCAAUUCUCUGCAAUGCUACGGAAGGAUCAUCGAAACAUUCCACAAGAAUGCCUUUCUGCUCAACAUGGGUCAAUUCAUGGACUUAUCAGCAGAACAACAGGACGCCAUGACGUUCACAAUGGAUCAAUUCCGAAAGACUGUAAUCCACAAGACAGCUCAUCACUCCUUCUAUGUACCAAUUGAACUAGCCUACAACCUAGCAGAACAAACCGAUAUGCAAACUCUACAUGCAGCCCGAGAGAUUCUCUACGAAAUGGGAAUUUUCUUCCAGAUUCAAGAUGACUUCUUGGACUGCUACGGGGAUCCAAAGGUAACGGGGAAGAUUGGAACUGAUAUUGAAGAUGGGAAGUGCACCUGGCUCAUCGUGACGUUCCUCAAUCGUGCUAAUAGUGCACAAAAGGACAUUCUAAAGGAGUCUUAUGGGAAGGAAGACGCAGAAUCCGUUGCGAUGGUUAAACAACUCUACAAUCAAGUUGGUUUACCCGAUGCCUACAAGAACUACGAAGAGGAGACUUACAAAAGGAUCAAAAAGGACAUUCAAGAAGCCGAGGGGAUUCCUAAAAAAAUUUGCCAUCGUUUAAUGGAUAAACUUUAUGGGAGAAAAGUUUAAUAAAAAAAAGUUUUAUAGAAGGUAAUAAAGAAUUUUUGCAAAGUAGAUCGUUAUCAUGGUAAUAAUAGCCUUAUCAUAAAUUUUAAGAAUGCUCAUAAGAUCCUAACACAAAUGUUUAAAAAUAAAAAGAAAAUAAUGGCGCCGUAAUAAAGUUUUGAACAAAAAAGUCU